AACAUAGUGUUGCGCUGUGCUCACUCUAGAUGAGUGCGUGUCAUUUUCCCCAUCCAAUUUGUUUGGUGUUUUGUUAGCCGAAAUGGACAAACUAAAUGAAAAUGCUCGACAGCGGAAGCAGAUCAAGCUGGGAGAGAUCGACACGGGCCCCAUUAUAGUGGCCCUCCUGCUAGGCUUCAUUGCAGUGGCCAUAUUUGUGAUCCUGCGAAGACGCUCUGCUGGUCGCAAGGACUUUCUGCUUACUGGGCUCAGUGAAUCCGGCAAAAGUGCCAUCUUCAUGCAGCUGAUCCACGGCAAAUUCCCGGCCACUUUUACUUCCAUCAAGGAGAACGUGGGAGAUUACCGGACGGGCAGCGCGUCUGCCAGGUUAGUGGAUAUACCCGGACAUUAUAGGGUGCGCGACAAGUGCUUGGAGCUAUAUAAACACCGUGCCAAGGGCAUUGUCUUUGUGGUGGACUCGGUUACUGCCCACAAGGAUAUCCGGGAUGUGGCAGACUUUCUGUACACCAUCCUAUCAGACAGUGCCACACAACCCUGCUCUGUGCUAGUCCUUUGCAACAAGCAGGAUCAAACCACCGCCAAGAGUGCCCAGGUCAUUAAAAGCUUAUUGGAGUCGGAACUGCACACAGUGCGCGACACCAGAAGCCGCAAACUUCAAUCCGUGGGCGACGAGGAUGGCAGCAAAUCCAUCACAUUGGGCAAGCCAGGCCGUGACUUCGAAUUCUCACACAUCGCACAGAAUAUCCAGUUUGCGGAAGCCUCCGCCAAGGACACUGAACUUGAUCCCCUCACCGAUUGGCUCGCUCGGUUGCUGUGAAUUGGGCACACAAGGCUCUCAGACUGAUAAAAAACUGGAGUCCUGAAGGAAAGAAUGCGGAACAAAAAAACAACAGAUUGAUAUUUAUUUUAACGUUUAGCGCUCUGAAUGUCGUAUUUAUUAUGCUAAGCCGAUAUACACCGCUGAGUAUAAAUCCGUGCAUUGUUAAAUAUCCUCUUUUCCCAUCCUUUGCCUUCCACCUAUUUUCCCGUCUAAUUUUAGGUUAUUGUGGAAAUUUUAUAUACUUUUAGCAUUAAUUUGUCGGUAGAUAAGUGAUAAAGUCAUUUAUAAACCGAUUAAAAAGAAAAAAACCCAAAU